UCAAUCCCUUGGUUCCCAAACAAAUAUACUUUUACUUUUCCAAUUUCUUAUGUUUUCUAUGAUAUUUCCACGAAUUAAAGAAAAUCCCAAAUGAGGAAACAAGAAAACAAAAGAAUGAAAAAUCAAAUUUGGCCUCCCAUGGGGAAAUUCCAUGUACCUAUCUUCCCUACCAAUCAACCCUAUAUAUACAUCACCAAACCAUCUCUUAUCCUUUAAACCCCAUUCACAUUCUCAUAUAAUUUUCAUACGAAUCUUGAUUUUAAACGUUUUGAAUAGACCAAUCUUGAUUUUGGGAAGAUGUACGGUGUCGGUGGAUCGAGCACAGCGAGUUUCGCAGAGACUUACGCGAUGAGGAAGAUUUAUAAGGAAAAGAUGAAGAUGAAGCUUGCAGAGACAAAUGUAGAGGAAGAGAAUAAGGACAACGUUGAAGAGAAGAAGAGUAAAAUAUGGAGAACAAAGAAAUCGAACAAGACCCUCCAGACUAAUCCAAGGGUUUCCUUUGCAGACGUUUAAACAUAUUUGUCCCUGUGGCUAUAUAUAUUUGUUUAUUUAUUUUUCUUAACUUUGUUUAUGAUGAUGGGUUUCUAAACUUCAAUAUGUUCUUUUAUGUAUUAUAUUUUUCACCAUUAAUAAUAAAAACAGUUGGUUGUUGUAAAUC